ACUCCCAUCCAUAGAGACAGCAAUACACAAUGACUUCAUAAAAUUCUAAUUCUAAUUCUAAAUUCUUGAUGUGUCCUACCAGUCAGUGGUAAGGCUACAUCGGUCUUUCGCUUUGCACAAUAAAGGUCAAACUGCCUGCGUGACAACACGGCUUCAGGGUGAAUCUUUUCCACGGGCAUAGUCCGGUUUGCUUGUUGUCCAGAAAAGCUGAAAAAACUCGGACAGCCCAGCCAGGAGACGCCAAAUUAGACAACACUCGCAGACUUGUCCUCUGAAGGGUCACAGGGGAACCUGGAGCCAAUCCCAGGCAGCAUCAGGCACAACGCAGGGAUUUCGAUGGACAUUCACGCUUCAUCCCAUGCUCCCUCCCGGAAGAGGAAGAGAGACGACUCCAACGGAGAGACGGAGGAAGGAGAGACGACGGCCAGAUAUAAACACCACACUGUGGCUCUAAGAGAUCCGGCUCCAUAUGCCGAUCAGCUCAAUUCGUUGGAGGAUCAGCCAUAUGAACGCGUCAGCAUGGAGGAGGCUCGAAGGGGAACACCACCUGACAGGCCGGUGAGGGUGUACGCAGACGGCAUCUUCGACAUGUUUCAUUCAGGACACGCCCGCGCCCUCAUGCAGGCCAAAGACCUCUUCCCCAACACACACCUCAUCGUCGGAGUGUGCAGUGACGACCUCACACACAAACUGAAGGGCUUCACCGUGAUGAACGAGGAGGAGCGCUACGACACCGUCACACACUGCCGCUAUGUGGACGAGGUGGUGCGCAACGCGCCAUGGACCCUCACGCAAGACUUCCUCACCAAACACCGGAUUGACUUUGUUGCUCAUGAUGAUAUCCCAUACUCCUCAGCAGGGAGUGAUGACGUGUACAAACACAUCAAAGAGGCAGGUAUGUUUGCUCCGACCCAGCGCACCGAGGGCAUUUCUACCUCCGACAUCAUCACACGCAUCGUCCGCGACUACGACGUGUAUGUGAGGAGAAACCUGCAGCGCGGCUACACGGCCAAAGAGCUCAACGUCAGCUUCAUCAACGAGAAGAAGUACCACCUGCAGGAGCGUGUGGAUAAGGUGAAGCAGAAGGUGCGAGACGUGGAGGAGAAGAGCAUCGACCUGAUCCAGAAGUGGGAGGAGAAAUCUCGGGAGUUCAUCGGAAACUUCCUGCAGAUGUUUGGGCCUGAGGGAGCACUGAGCACAUCACCACCCAUAGUCAGAACAUCAGCGAGGACAAGGAGGACGACGGAGAUUAAGAAGGAGCACGUCGGACGCUGUGUGUGGAAAUGCAGUCUGCUCAGGUUUCUAAAUGUCCCAGAACACAGAAGAUUAAUAAAUCAGUGCAACAUGAACAAAACUAGAUAUUAAUUUCUUAUUUCUACCUGACAACCAGGUGUGUGUGUGAAGGUCCAUUU